AUGGUAAGAGAUGCAAAGCUUAUACUAAAACCAUCAAAGUGUCUCAUAGGAUAUGAUAAUAUUUCAUUCACUGGGCAUAAGGUCGGAAAUGAUCAGCUGGAGAUGAAAGAUGAUAAAUUAGAGCGCAUAAAGAAUGCAGAAGAACCUAAGAUUAAGAGACAAGUACGGAGUUUCCUUGGCCUAUGUGGUUAUUAUAGAAAAUUUAUAGCAUCUUACUCCGAAGUUGCAGCACCACUGACCGACUUAAUCAAGAAAGGGAAACCUAAUACUGUAAUAUGGGAAGAACAACAUGCCAAAGCUUUUCAUACUUUGAAAACCUUGCUUACACAAUCACCUAUUUUACGGUUACCAGACUUUUCACGACCUUUUAUAUUACAGUGUGAUGCUUCAGAUACUGGGGUUGGAGCAGCACUUCUUCAGAGGUAUGAAGAUGGACAAUUUCCCAUAGCAUAUGCCAAGCCCAAUGAAACUGAAAGUAUGGUUUUUGGAAAAGUAAUACGGAAACUUGGUCUCACAAACAAGUACCCAGCAAAAAUAUCUAUUAGAGAUGUUAUAACAGUUGAUCCAAUGGAAUCUACUGAUUACGAAAAAAGGCGUAUUUCUCUGGUUGACGUUCCUUGGUUAUUACUUAAACGAUUGAUAUGUGCCCACAGUGAAACCAGGGAUAUAACAGUCUCAGAUGAAGAUAGCACUGACAACAGUAUGGAUUUAGAUAAUGCUAUGUCAUUUAUUGCGGACAUACCUGAGGAAAGUGAAGACAUAAGUCCCUUAGAUAUAUUUACAGUUGUUUUUCAAUGUUGUGACCCAUUCAUGAAGCAAAUAUUCUUUCAAAAAUUAUAUCUUUGUAAAAUUGCUGUACCUUUCCUUUACAAACAUUUGAAAACAAACAAAAUCCAGCCAAUGCUAUCUGUCUGGCCGUUGCGAUCAUUAGCUGUAGAAAAUACAACAUCAGGAAGCAAGAGUGGGUUACAAAGUAUAGAAGUCGAUGUUUUUGAGCUCCCAACAAAAGUGCUAGCUUUUGCAAGGUUUGGCCGCCCCCAUUAUUCAAAAUCAAAAUUGAUCAAUAGUUUAUUAACUAAUCAAGGCUGCAAAACAUAUUUUAACAUUGACUGUCCUUCUGGAAUGACACCACGAUAUUUAAGUAAUGGACAAAUUGAAAUGUUUUGGUUGCCAACAAUUGGGGACAAAAAAGACAGGUUUAAAGAUGCUAUGACCUUUCUUAAUAUGAGGGGAGAUAUUAAUGAACACUUUACGGUAGAUAUUCUUUCAUUUAUUGCAAACUUUGCAGAUGCUGUUGUAAUAAUCAUUGACUUAAAAUCUGUUUUGAAACAGGGAAAAGACGUUAAAAAAGUCAUUCUGAACUUUUCUUCGGUAAUAUUGAUUAUAGCAAAUCCUCUCAAACCAGACGUUGUAAAAACAAUACAGGGUUUUCAAAGAGAAAUACUUGCGACAAAUCCUGGAAUAAGUCUUCGCGUAUUAAGCACACACAGGGGUGUUGUACAACAAAAUGUCGUUGACAUGGUCGCAAGUAUUUCUAAACAUAUAACAAGUCAGCUUAGGUUUAAUGAAACAAGAUCGUAUCAAGAGCGUUUGGCAGGUGUAAAGUUAGUCACAAUAAAAUCUGAUGAAGACAAUAGACCUUGUCAACAAGGAAAGGUGGAAGCUGAGAAAUUGAUAAAACAAAUGAAAGGUUGCGGUAAAUCCAGUCGUUGGAAACAAGUCUUGACACCAGUUCACAGUACAUAUUCGCAGCAGUUAGGCAAAUUGAUAAAGGAACGCGAAAGAGAGAGAAACUUUAAAGAAUGCGUCUGUAUUUAUAAAAAAUUGAAGGAAAUUCGACAAAAACAGACUCAAUCAAUAACUAAAACUGUUAAACUCUUUAUUGAUAUUCUCACAAAAAAUGAAGAGACUCACGAAAUACUUAAUUUUUUUCUGAGUUGGCUUCACUUUCAUAUUGAGAGAGAAAAACAACAAAUAUUACCUCAAUUAAUGAAUCAAAACCGCUGCGCUUGGGAAAAACUGAAAAUGCUUAAAAGCAUGGGAAACAAGGACCUUCCCAAAAUUGAAAAACAGGAAAGCCUUAUCACAGAGCUAGAACAAAAGAUAGAUGGAGCAUCUUUUUCUGUGGAGCAUUUUUUUCGUGAAAUAGGUCAUAUAAAUGAGGCGAUUUUAGAACUUCAAGAAAAUUCCACAAACAUUGGAUCACUACCAUUACGUCGUAUUGCAAGUAUUAUGGGCCGCCUUGUUGCUAACGGACAUCAGUUAGAACUGAUUGAUGGAGAGAGCUUUUAUAUGCCCUUUCUUUGGACAAAGACUGUAUUGCAGAAGGUAGAUAAAUGUAUUCAUUCUGGAAAAGUAAUGGCACUCAGCGUUUUAGGUCUACAAAGUUCCGGAAAAUCAACACUUUUGAACACGAUGUUUGGAUCUCAAUUUGCAACGAGAACCGGCAGGUGUACAAGGGGUAUUCAUGUUCAACUUAUUCCCUCCACAACUGCAAGCUUUAAAGGGACAUCGUCAGAAUUCAAUUACGUUCUUGUUGUUGACACAGAGGGACUGAGAUCACCAGAGCUCAGUCAUGUUCAACAUGAGCAUGACAAUGAGUUAGCCACUGUAAUUACAGGUAUAGGUGACAUCACAAUGUUGAACAUAAUGGGAGAAAAUACAAGUGAAAUACGAGAUAUUUUGCAAGUAAUUGUCCAUGCUUUUCUGCGACUGAAAAUGACAAACAAGAAGUUAGAUAUACGGAAAGGUUGUGCAUUUAUUCAUCAGAAUGUAACCGAUACUUCUGCAUCUGAAAAUAUGAUAAGUGGUUUGAGUAAAUUAAUGCAGACCCUAGAUGAAAUGACAACGGAAUCAGCGAAAAGUGAAGGUAUUCUUGAAAUCACUACAUUUAAUCAAGUUAUUGAAUUUGAUAUAAAUUCGCAAGUCUGGUACCUUAAAAAUCUCUGGCAAGGAAAUCCACCUGUGGCUAGAGUGAAUAAUGAAUACAGUGAACGGGUUGUAGAUAUGAAAUGCAAAAUUCUGCAAAAGGCUUUGACCAUGAAAGACAAAUCCUACAAGUCUUUAAGUGAUAUCGUGGAGCAAGCGCACAGUUUAUGGAAAGGUGUUCUAAAUGAAGAUUUUGUAUUUUCCUUUAGAAAUAGCCUCGAAAUAAGGGCGUACAUGGAAAUGGAAAGAGUUGUCCAAGACCAAUUAUGGCACCUUGAAAGUUUUGUUCGUGACGAAUUGAUUAAAAUAUCACAGAGUUGUUUCGCAAAUUGUGACCAGAAAGAUUAUAUACGAAUUGUAGCUGAUAAACUUAUCAAUGAUUUGAAUGAUGUUCUUGAAGAAGAAAAAUCUAAGACUGAGGAAGUAAUUAAGACAUACUUCGAAAAAAACAAAUACAAAGACAUUAUUAUUCAAUGGAAAAACAGUCAGCAACAUCGUAUUGACAGCCUUUGUCAAAAAUUAGAACAAAUCAUUAAAGAGAGAAUAGAAAAGAGUCAAGCGAAAAGAUCUGUAGAAAUCCUGACUGUUGCUAGCCAUGAAAAACAUGAAGAAAAACUUCGGAAAAAAUCGAUGGAAGUUGCAAAUACCUACAAAGGUCAGCAGUUAACCAAGGAACGAAUUAAUGAACUUUUUGAUGACAUUUGGCAAUCUUUUAUUACUAAGAUAUACACUACAUCUUCUAUGUCAGAGAAGAAUAGAAAAGAAAUGAAAAUCAUAUUUGAAACGUUUCUCAAAAAUGAAUUUAUGAAACAUCAUGCGUUGUUAAAGAAUGCUUUGAUACAGAGUAACUAUUUGACACCAAUACCAAAUUUGAAAAAGCUUGGUGGUUCAUUUAAUCGCACUGGUAUUGAUGGUAAUGACAUUAGUUUUACGUGGUUUCAAAAAGGAAAAGAAUACGUUGGGGCAUCUGAUACUAUGAAUCAUGUCACAGCCAGGGUAAAUCAAAUAUUUGAAGCUAUUGACAAGAAAAUAGAUUUACUUUGUCAGGUGAACGAUGAAAUUACAGAGAUGGCUGUAAAUAAAUUAAUGCAUGAACUAAACACAAGUAUACAUGACAUUUUGACAGGAAAAACGAAAUAUGAUUUCAAGAUUCCAUUUUACGUUAAAAUAUAUGUACAUGUUAGCAGGCAGGCUCAUCAUGUUUUUCAGACGCACAAUGAUGAAUAUUUUGAAACUCAAGGUACUGUUGCACUCCUUGAACAAUAUAAGCAACAACAAAAAAUCAGUUUUGAAGCUCAUUUAAGUAGCCGUCAGUCCGAGGAUAUUGUAGCGAAACUGUUUAGUCAUGUUAUUGAGGGCUUUGCUGAGGAAUGGACAUCACAAAGUUUACCAAAUAAAGUUACCGAUGAACUACACAGUCACCUCCCGUCGGUUAAAAAUAGGGUGAUAGUUGAAAUAUGUACUGACCUUUUGGAAAAAGAUCACUUUCAUGAGUUCAUACGGUAUGUACAAGCCCCGAAGGAAUAUGCUUGCUUGUGGAUAACUGAAAAGGCUAAUUAUCAUCUUUUUAGCAGAGAAACAAGAGCGUAUGCAAGUAUUGCCACUUCGUUAUUAAAUAAGCUUUUUAAUACUGUUGAAACGUGCGUUCGUGAAUUACGGAACAGUUUCUCCGGAAAAGAACACCCGUCUAUUGAAACAUGGAUUAAUUCUCUUCAACUGUCAUUGAAAAAGUGGAGUUUUUCUAUUCCGCCUGAGAGUUUCCGGAAUGUGAAGCAAGAAAUUCAACAUAUUCAAAACGUAGAAUACCUUACGGAUGAAAUUUUAGCUAAUUUAAUGGAAUCAAGGGAUAAGAUAAAUUACAAGUUUAGUCAACAUGGAAGUGGCUCUGUAAAAUGGUCAAAUUCGAAUCCUGUAGAUAGAAUUAUAAACAAAAUAUGGGGCUGUCCAGAAAAGUGUCCUUUCUGUGGAGAACCAUGUGCCAAGAAUGAAGACCAUAGUGGAUCUAUGCAUUACAGUAUACAACAUAGACCGUCAUGUUGCAGGGGUAUUCGACAUUCUGGUUCGAACAAGGGAUGUUUAGAAUCAUGCGAAUUCGACAUUCAGUCAAACACGACACAUAGAUGUGGAGUCUUUAAUUACAUAUGCAAUGACGGAACCCGUGAAGCAUGUGGUAAAACACAUUAUUAUCGAGACUACAAAAUGUAUUUGCCUCAGUGGGAUAUUGCUCCAAGUUCCAAUAUGCACGACUCUUCUAAAUUUUGGAUGUGGUUCGUUGCGAGAUAUCAAGAUGAGUUACACCAUUACCAUAAGUACGAUGUUGAUAACAUUCCAUCUUCGUGGUACGAAAUCACAAAAACCCAGGCCAAAGAAAGUCUACUAAAAACAUAUUCUGCUUAA